CUUGAAAGCAUGAGCAAGCCCGGACUCCCUUGCCCUGCUCGUCCUCCCGGACAUCCUGUGUCGUACCAUGGAUUACUUUUAUCCUUUUCCUCUACUCCCUCCACUUCUCCAAUGACCAACCGCCGGACAUGGAGGAGCCGCAGGUGCACGCGGUGCUCAAUUUCCUCACCCGCCACGGAUUCUCAACCGUCGCCUCCGCCCUACGAGACGACGCCCUCUCCCGAGGCCUCGACCUAACCUCCGAUGACGACUCCAUCCCUACGCUUCCUCCAUUACGAACAUCCCCCAUGCUCGUUGGAGUCUCUGGAUCCACAUCAUUGUCCUCCUCGGGCGAUUUCGUUAGCAUUGGGUCAUCUCCCUCCGAGCGGCGGAAUCCGUACGGAAUCAGCUCACCGGAAUCAUCGGCGAGGAACUCGGAAUUUGGGACGGCGCGGGAGUAUAAUGAACCUACUCUGUUUGGUGAGGCCGGUUGGUACGGCGAUCAGCUUGGGGGGUAUUUUAACGAUCCCUACCGGUUACCGGCGAGCCAGAGUGAGGACAAGUUUGUGAUGUCGAUUGAGGCGGAGGAGAGGUUUCUGAAGCAGGAGGACAAUAAUUUUGAUUAUAUAGUAAAGCAGGAGAGUUGUUUGGCUUUGGAUUCGGGUGGUCUUUAUGGGUGCUCGUUUCCGCUAUGUGAUUGCUGUAAAGGGAAUGGUGGGGAAAGAGCUAGCAGUUGGAAGCCGAGUUCUUCAAUAUAUGGAAGGUAUCACAUAAUGGACGAUGAGACAGAAAGGUUGGAUGAUUGCGAUGAGGAUGAGUCUCAGUUGAAGUUGGUUGACGAGUGCACGGGGGCGAUUACAUGGAGACGUGAGUCGGGUGACUUGGAUCAAGGGAACGAGGAUAAGGCUUUGGAACCUAUAUCUGGGGAGAAGAGCAUUCAGAAGCUUAGUGUUGAUGAAAUCAGUAACUUUGUUUUUACCGAUUGUAUUCCUGUAUUUAUGCAAAAUAAAGGUGCAAGUUUAGACCACUUUUCUGAACAAGGAUUUUCCAAAAAUACUAAUAGCGAAGUUAUAGGAAAAACUGAUUUUGAUGGAAAGUCUUUUGAUUGGAAGCCUUCUGAACUAGAAGCUAAUGAUGGCUAUGACUGGGGGAAUUUUGAUGGUGACUAUAAGGAAUCUGAAUCUGUUGGAGCUGGCGGUGAGAAUGAUAACAUUUCCGAUGAUAUUCAGCUUGUUACUGGUCAUGAGGAUGAAUUUGAAACAUUUGACUUGAGAAUUAUACAUCGAAAAAACAGAACCGGCUUUGAAGAAAAUAAGGAUUUCCAAAUUGUAUUAAACUCAGUUGUAGCUGGUAGAUAUUAUCUUACCGAGUAUCUUGGUUCUGCUGCAUUCAGCAAGGUUGUUCAGGCACAUGAUCUGCAUACAGGAACUGAUGUGUGCCUUAAAAUCAUAAAGAAUGACAAAGAGUUUUUUGAUCAGAGCUUGGAUGAAAUCAAGCUUCUCAAGUAUGUUAAUAAAAAUGAUCCUGCUGAUCAGCGCCAUUUAUUACGUCUGUAUGACUACUUUUACUACAAGGAACAUCUUUUUAUUGUGUGUGAGUUGCUUCGAGCAAAUCUAUUUGAAUUCCAAAAAUUUAAUCAGGAUUCAGGCGGGGAUAUUUAUUUCACAUUACGCAGGAUACAGGCCAUAACUCGGCAGUGUCUUGAGGCUUUGGAGUUCCUGCAUCAUUUGAAAAUAAUCCAUUGUGAUCUGAAGCCUGAGAAUAUUCUCAUUAAGAGCUACAGCAGGUGUGAAGUGAAGGUUAUUGAUCUUGGAAGUAGUUGCUUCCUGACAGACAACUUAUGUUUAUAUGUGCAAUCUCGUUCUUAUAGAGCUCCAGAAGUUAUUCUUGGUCUGCCCUAUGAUGAAAAAAUUGAUAUGUGGUCUCUUGGUUGUAUCUUAGCCGAGCUCUACACUGGUGAUGUUCUGUUUCUAAAUGACUCGCCUACAAUGAUGCUUGCUCGAAUGAUAGGAAUAUUUGGUCCUUUUGACAUAGACAUGCUUGACAAUGGUCAGGAAGCGCACAAGUAUUUCACCGAAGACUAUGAUAUGUAUUACAAAAAUGAGGAAACAGAUAAAAUAGAGUAUCUCAUACCAGAGAAAUCCUCACUGGCCUACCAGCUGCAAGUAAACGAUGCAGCCUUUCUUGAUUUCCUUGGUCAUCUUCUCCAACUAAACCCUAAGCGUAGAUUAACUGCAAGCCAAGCCCUGAAACACCGAUGGCUCUCUAUCUCCUACGACUGAAGACUUCUCACAAUACUUGUUCAAAAUUCUUCCUCUUCUUCCUUCCGGAAAUGGUGAAUAUUCUGACCACAUGAGUGUCUUAUUGUUUGUUGUCACAUGAAUUUUUGUUUGUUUUUUCCUCGAUGAGAAUGAUUGUGUAAAUAAUUUCUGAUGACAAGUGGAAAAUAUAUAGUGAUUUCCUUCUUUUGUUUUUAA